AGUAGUGUUAUGAGCCGGAUGAUUUACAAACUAUACCCUUUCCGUGACUAUUUCAACGCCGGACGGUACCCAGGACCGUCUGCGCGUUCGUCGCUCCCAAACCGCCGAGUGUUGGUGAGAGCCUCUGAACCUGCUGUUAAAGAUCAUGGUCUAAUUAGCUCCUGAGGUGAAGCAAUGACGGUGAUCACCUGCAGCAGAAGACCCUACAAGAGUUGGAGGAGGAAUCUCCAAACCACAUGAAGAUGGCAGCGCAGUCAAGAAGUGCCGGUGGGUUUCCGUUCGAGGAGCUUCUGGCUCUCUACAGCUACAAGGUGUCUGACAUAGAGAAAACAACGUGUCACAUGGCCGCCAGACUUCCGAACAUGACUCUGGACAAGGAUCAGAUAGCGGGAAAUCUCUUUCCUGGAGAAGAGGAAGAAGAGUGCUCAGAAGACCUCAGCAGCUUAGUGUCCUCGAAAGGCUCUGACCUUCUCGACCAACUUCAAGGUGGAAACAAAGAUCAGCUGGUCAGCUCAUCAGACGAGGAGCCUGAUGACGCCUCUACUCCCUCGAAUGAGGAUCACAAGGAGAUCAUGGUCGGCUCCAUGUACCAAGCAAAGAUCCCUCCACUGAAUCCGUAUAACUACAGUGAGCGAGCCUCAUUUCUAGCAUACAACAACGAGGACCAGCUGCUGUGGAAGCCAGGUGUUCUGUCUACACGUGAAGUGGAAGACUUCCUUCUGUCCGCUCAGAGAACAAAUGCUCUGGAGGGAAACUUUGUGAAAGAUAAUGAGCAGGCCUUGUAUGAACUGGUGAAGUGUAACUUCAAUGCAGAGGAAGCACUGAGACGCCUGCGCUUCAAUGUGAAAGUUUUCAGUGAUCUGUGCGCGUGGAGUGAAGAAGAGUGCAGGAACUUUGAAACUGGAUACAAAGUGUACGGGAAAAACUUCCAUCUCAUUCAGGCCAACAAGGUACGAACGCGUUCUGUUGGGGAAUGCGUGGAGUAUUACUACAUGUGGAAGAAGUCCGAGCGCCACGAGUACUUCACACAACAAACAACAAGGCUGACCCGUAAAAAGUACAACAUGCAGUCAGGGAACAUGGAAGAUGGCGACCCGGACCAAGAGGUUGGAGAAACGGAGGGGAGCAACCAUUUAUUGACUCAAAACUCCAUGGCUCCUACAAAACUAGUGUCUCCAUUACCUCCACAGUCCAGUCUGGACCGAGGCAAAAAAAGAGGAGCAGAGUCGCCCCCGCCGCAGACGAACUCCCCGCUUUCACUUAAAGCCGUGACCUCUGUCCAGACAGGCUUCAGAAAGCAGGCAGAGCCUGCAGAUGUGGAGCUGCUGCCGAGGAUGUCGGAGCUGCACGGCGACGGCUCUACAACGCAGCUGUCAGGCUUCUCCUUGCCAACUGAGGACCAGCUGCUGUCCCAACCCUGUCCUCCGAGCUCUCUGUGGUCCCGCCCGGAACACCCAUCACGCCUCUUCCUCCAGCUGCACAGACUUGACGGGCCUUGUCCCCCCGAAGGGUCCCAACGUGGUGCAGCACGCGCAGAGACCGACCCGUCUGUCUGCUGCAGGUGGAACUCAGCCUGCUGCGUGUCUCACUUCACAUCUAGUGUCCUGGGCAGUCUGCUGCACCGCCCUCUGGUCUAUCACCGGCGCUCGCUCUCACAGUGAGUCACCCACAGCCUGGAUAGAGAGAGAGGAGCAGUGCCUCUGUCUUGGGACCUUUCUCUUUUUUCUCUUUUUCAACAUUGUUUAUACGGCCGCACGUCCCGUCUCCUGUCACCACACCGCUGUCAUCAAGAAGUGCUGAUCAUGAGUUUAUAAUGAUGGCAUUGUGGAGGACGCACCAUUGCUCAGUCCCCAUUUUAAGUUGACUUCCAGUUCUACUCAGGGGGUCUACUCUCCUAUCAUGUAACUGCUCGGACACGUCAGACUGAUGGUCUGCAUUAAAUUCUCUACCUCCAUCGUCCCCACUGCAUUUUCUUUUUCUUAUAUUUAUGUCACAGCCCGUUCUCCUACGGUGGUGACAAAUGUGUGAUUGUUUCUUUUUCUUACAAACCCUGCUGAACAAUAUAGUACCAGUUCUCCCACUAUCUACAAUUUGAAUACCUUUUGUAUCUUGAAGUACUAUUUAUUGUAGGUUUUUAGCAAUAUGACUUUCCGAAAAGAUCACAGAGACUGGUCCAGUGGGUGGAUGUGAUUGGCUUUCACCAGUUCCAGCAUCAAACACGAGAUGGCAACAGUUUAAAAAAAUGCUGAGUCUUCAUUUUGAAGAUAAUAUUUAGGUAAGCAGCAGGCCAGUCUUGAUCCAUUUCACUUCUGUAUUUCCAUAAUUGUGAUGAACAUCUGCCAGUUGCCAUCAGAAUGUAUCAGAAAAUGUCAUAUUAACUUGCAUCUGCCGCCACUCUCAUCUGGGUGAAAGAAAAACUGAUCUGCUUUGUUUUCAUUUAGCGUUUCUGAUACAGAAUCAUACAUGAAUCAAAACUCAACGUGGCUUUUAAAUGUGCUUUGACGUUCUUUUUCCAUUGAAAUGUACAUAUCAGGGAGGGACUUCAUAUUCCUGUCGUCAACGCUUCUAUUUAUUUCUUCCCUCUCGAUUAGUGUCCUGUUUACUGCAGCUUACAACCAAAUGGGAUCUUUGUUUGUGUUUAUAUGAUGAGAUUAUUAUUAUUGCGCAGUAAAGAGCCACUUGUUUGUCCAUGCUUCAAACAUUAUCUCUGAAAUUUUAAUCUCGCUUUUGUUAUGUACAUAACUGUUAUAUUUUGUAAACAAGAUUAAACAAUGAUGAA